AUGUUCCCUACGCGAUUGAUCCGCACUCCACAACCGGUCCUAGACCUCGGCAGCGACCUAGAAGAACUGGUCUACAUCAAGACAGCAAUUGGAAUCUACGACCGAACCAUGCUAUCAAUCAUCGGCUCGGCAAUCACACCCGCACAGCUCAAUCUCAACCGCGGGUCCUGGCUACGGGCCAAGUCGAAAGUGGCAUCUUUGCACCGGAGCAUCGUGUCAGAUUUCAAUCGGCUGCCGCGUCAAAUGAAACGCACCUUUGUGCGGGCCAAUCGCUUGACUCUGAUCGAGCAUGGGUUUAAGCCAUCCGCUGAUAGCUUGCAGAUUACUCGUCCAGGUAGUAGACGGGUUGUCAUUGUGCUUUGA